CCCCCGGCGGGGAGCCAGACCAGCCCCAGCCCCAACCAGCAUUUGCAGAUGGACCCUGAAGAGCCACCGUCCCAGCAGCAUGCUGCCAGGGCCACGCGGGAGCAGAAGGCUGGCAGUGCCCAGGAGCUGCCCCCCCGGCCCCGCUGCGUCCGCUGCUGUGAGCUGCCCGACCAGCGCUUCUCCUACCCCCAGUACCAGCCGCUGCCUCAGAUCAACAUGACCAUCCUGAAAGGCGAGAAGGGGGACCGCGGCGAGCGAGGCAUGCAGGGCAAAUUCGGCAAGACGGGGGUGGCCGGCAGCAGGGGCCACGCGGGGCCCAAGGGACAGAAGGGCAGCGUGGGCGCCCCGGGGGAGCGCUGCAAGAGCCACUACGCCGCCUUCUCGGUGGGCCGCAAGAAACCCCUGCACAGCAACGACUACUACCAGACCCUCAUCUUCGACACGGAGUUCGUCAACCUCUACGACCACUUCAACAUGUUCACGGGCAAGUUCUACUGCUACGUCCCUGGGAUCUACUACUUCAGCCUCAACGUGCACACCUGGAACCAGAAGGAGACGUACCUGCACCUGAUGCGCAACGGGGCGGAGGUGGUGAUCCUCUACGCCCAGGUGAGCGACCGCAGCAUCAUGCAGAGCCAGAGCGUCAUGCUGGAGCUGCGGGAGCAGGACGAGGUCUGGGUGAGGCUCUACAAGGGCGAGCGCGAGAACGCCGUCUUCAGCGACGAGUACGACACCUACAUCACCUUCAGCGGCCACCUCGUCAAGUACAGCGGGGACCCCUGA